GAACAAGGCGCGGAAAGCUUGAGCCUUUCAUCUCCGGGCAAGUCAAGUCACAUCACAUCUCAGCAUCUCACACAUACUUCCAGUGCUCUAUCCGAUAGACGAAGAUGGCAGCAGCUACAGCCGCGACUCUGGGUGCGCCAAGCAAUGGUCGCGAUCAAAGCUUGCUUUCAUCCUCCAUCUCAUCGGUGUCAUCUGGCUCCUCCUCCUCGACACUUUCGCGCACAACGCGAUCACCAUUGCCAGACCUCGCCUCUCUGCCGACCAACUUUAUAGACCAUCUCCUCCUCAUUACACAAACUCUUGUACACAGUACACCUCCUCCCUCGCUCAAGUCGACUUAUGCCGCUGAAAGCUCCUCGAGCGACUACAAUGGCAGCACUUCAGCUACCAACGGCCAUGAUCGAAGCAACUCAGCCGUCUCUGCCUCUUCAGUCUCCUCUACCUCUUCCUCUUCCACUGCGCUACCAUCGCACCCUAGUGGAGCAGCAAACGCUUCUCAAGGCUCUUCGGAAGCUACAGUGACUCUCCCACUGCCUCGCUUUCACUACGAGGGAGGGGACAAGCGGACAGACCAGAUCGAAGCCGAUAUCGGGCGCCUGGUAGAGCGGCUAUGGCGAUCGGAAAACCAACUGCAGGCCAUUGCUCGCGCUGAUCCUGCUGCCUACGAGAGGUCUCUCUCCCCUUCCAGCGGCGUCUUGCCUUCGUCUCCAGCAUCCCGCUCUCCCAUCCUUCAGGGCAGCAGCGCAGUCUCCGUCAAGGAUACCUCUCGGCGCGCCAGCCUCACCUCCUUCCCCUACCCGAUCUCUCAGGAUCAUCCGCAAAGCUCCUCGUACCCUCUUUCCUAUCCACUGGCGAUGGGCACAGAUGGACCGAUGAUUCUCACACCCGAGCAGCCAGAUGCAGGACCCGAGAGCGUCAUUAGGGCUAUUGAGCGGAACGCUGAGGAGACGGGGCUUAGCGCAGAGGAGGAGCUGAGGCUGCUUAAGGCUCAGGUGCAAGACAUUGCCCGAGUCUGCAAGGCUGUAGCUUUCGGAGACCUUUCACAGCACAUCCUGGUGCCAGUACAAGGUCCCGUCAUGGUAGAGCUCAAAGACAUCAUCAAUCAGAUGGUGGAUCGUCUGUCCAACUUUGCUACUGAAGUCACUCGUGUAUCGCUAGAGGUCGGCACAGAGGGUAAGCUUGGCGGUCAGGUAGAAGUAGAGGGCGUAGAGGGGAGGUGGAAGGAGCUCAAGGACGUCGUCAAUCGUCUGGCUGCCAACCUCACAUCCCAAGUCAGAGGAGUUGCCUUGGUCACAAAGGCCGUUGCCCGUGGUGAUUUGUCCAAGAAGAUUGACGUUGAAGCAGAUGGAGAGGUCCUGGACCUCAAGCUGACCAUCAACGUCAUGGUCGACCAGCUCCGCAAAUUCGCCGAUGAAGUCACAAGAGUAUCCCGCGAAGUCGGCUCUAGAGGUCAACUAGGAGGUCAAGCCAACGUGCCUGGAGUUCAGGGUGUCUGGGAAGAGUUGACCAUCAAUGUCAACCGGAUGUGUCUGAACUUGACCGAGCAAGUGCGGGGAGUCGCCCUGGUUACCACUGCGGUUGCGAAGGGUGACUUGACCAAGACCAUCGACAUCGAGGCCGAAGGAGAGAUGGCAGAGCUGAAGGAUACCGUCAACCGGAUGGUGCAUCAACUGAGGAUCUUUGCUAGCGAGGUCGUCAGGAUGUCCAUGGAGGUCGGAACCUACGGCAAGCUCGGUGGACAAGCUCAUGUGCCCAACGUCGAAGGCACAUGGAAGGACCUCACCGAAAACGUGAACAAGAUGGCCGACAAUCUCACCUCUCAAGUGCGAGAGAUUGCAAGGGUGACCAAAUGCGUCGCCGAGGGCGUCUUGACCGAGUUCAUCGAAGUCGAUGUCAAGGGCGAGAUCCUUGAGCUGAAACUCACUGUCAACAACAUGGUGAGGCAAUUGCGCUGCCUGUCUGACGAGAUCAUUCGAGUCUCGGUCGAGGUCGGAACACAGGGAAAGCUUGGCGGUCAAGCCAAUGUUGAAGACGUCAAGGGCCAAUGGCAAGUCUUGACGGAGCAGGUCAACAUGAUGGCCAGCAAUUUGACAACUCAGGUCAGGAGUAUUGCCACUGUCACCACUGCCGUCGCCAAGGGAGACUUGUCCAAGACGAUCAAUGUUGAAGUCAGUGGAGAGUUCUUGGACCUGAAGCUCACCGUCAACAACAUGGUGGAGUCUCUCCGGACGUUCUCCACCGAAGUCACUCGAGUAGCCAAGGAGGUCGGAACAGAGGGCAAGCUGGGCGGGCGGGCCACUGUCCUCAACGUCGGCGGGACGUGGAAGGACCUGACUGACUCGGUCAACACGAUGGCAGCCAAUUUGACCCUGCAGGUCAGAACUAUUGCGCAUGCCACGACGGCCGUUGCUCGCGGUGAUCUGUCUCAGAAGGUGACCAUUGAGGUCAGAGGAGAGAUCCUCGACCUGGUAGACACCAUCAACAACAUGAUUGACCAGCUCUCCUUCUUCGCCUCGGAAGUGACUCGAGUCGCCCGCGAGGUCGGCACAGAGGGCAAGCUGGGCACACAAGCCCAGAAGAAGGACAUCCGUGGCAAGUGGGGCGAGAUUACCGACAAUGUCAACAUCAUGGCCAACAACCUCACGUCGCAAGUGCGAGCCUUUGCUCAGAUCACAGCCGCUGCUACCGACGGCGACUUCUCCCGCUUCGUCACAGUCGAGGCUUCGGGUGAGAUGGACUCUCUCAAGACCAAGAUCAACCAGAUGGUGUACAGCUUGCGAGACUCGAUUCAGAAGAAUACGGCGGCAAGGGAGGCUGCUGAGCUGGCCAACCGGUCCAAGUCGGAAUUCUUGGCGAACAUGUCGCACGAGAUUCGAACGCCCAUGAACGGUAUCAUCGGUAUGACUGCGCUCACACUGGAGACGGAACUUUCCCGUAGUCAGAGGGAGAACCUCGUGACGGUCUCAUCGCUGGCGAGCAAUCUAUUGGCGAUCAUCGAUGACAUUCUAGACAUCUCCAAGAUCGAAGCCGGUAGAAUGAAUGUGGAAGAGGUCCCCUACUCGCUGCGAGGGAUCGUCUUCUCCGUCCUCAAGACUUUGUCUGUACGAGCAACUCAGAAGAAGCUGAACCUCAUGUACGAGGUGGCGCCUGAUGUGCCUGACCCGCUUGUGGGAGAUGCUUUGAGGCUCAAGCAGAUCAUCACCAACCUGAUUGGUAACGCAGUCAAGUUCACCGACGCUGGAGGCCGUGUCGCCUUGAAGUGUACACUUGCAAAGAUGAUUUCCCCCUCAGAGGCCAUGCUGGAAUUCUGUGCUUCGGACUCUGGUAUCGGUAUCAAGCAGGACAAGCUCGACGUCAUCUUCGACACCUUCUGCCAAGCGGAUGGAUCGACGACGAGGAAGUACGGUGGUACAGGUCUCGGUCUGUCCAUCUCCAGACGUUUGGUGAACCUGAUGGGCGGAGACCUCUGGGUGAGGUCAAACUUCGGUCACGGCUCCGACUUCUUCUUCACAAUGGUUGUCAAGAUCGAUGACUUGGGCAAGGAUCAGGUCUUGGACAAGAUGCAGACCUUCGCUGGACGGAAUAUCUUCUACCUUGAUACGCUGCGCGACUCGACGGGAGUCGAAAAGAUGCUCAUUGAGCUUGGUCUGCAGCCCUUCACGGUGCACAGCAUUGAGGAGGCAUUCCAGAAGAGCAAGGCGAUGCCUAGAAUCGACGCCAUCAUUGCAGACUCGCUCACCGUUGUGGAGGACCUGAGGACAGUGGAACAUCUGAGGUACAUCCCCAUCAAUUUGGUGUCGCCCUCGAUGCUAACCCUCAACUUGACAUACUGCCUGGAUCACGGUAUCUCUUCGUACAUCAACACUCCCACCACACCGGCGGAUCUGUCCUAUGCACUAUGGGCCUCCCUCGAGUCAUCAGCAGCCAUCAUCUCCGAGGGCAACAAGGAAGAGGUGUACGAUAUCCUCCUUUGCGAGGACAAUCGCGUGAACAUCGUCAUUGCUCGGCGCAUGCUAGAGCGCGAAGGUCACAAGGUGCAGACCGUCUCGGACGGCAAGCAGGCCGUCGAGGCAGUCAUGGCCCGGCGGUACGACGUCGUCUUGAUGGACGUGAGCAUGCCAGUGAUGAGCGGCAUCGAGGCUACCAAGAGUAUCCGCAUCUUUGAAGAGGAGACAAAGGCGGGUCGUACACCCAUUAUUGCUCUCACUGCCCACGCGAUGAAGGGUGACAAGGAGAGGUGUCUGGCAAGUGGUAUGGAUGAUUACUGCUCCAAGCCACUCAGGAAACUCGACUUGCUCACUGCAAUCAGGCAGGCGACGAUGAAUCGGCGCAAAGGCGGCGGAGACGGUAGGGUCGUCGUCUACCCGCGGCCACAGCCAAUGGUGCAAUAGAUGUUGAGCGACUAGCAUAGGCACGACCCAUCACUGCAUUCGAUGCGUUUUCUUCCAAGUCUCUGGUAAAUUUUUGGCCCCCUUUCCAUCCACACAAGUUCAUCAAGUGAUCAGCUCCUUCGUCUCCCGUCUCCC